AGUCUUCAGGGACGUGACAGGCGGCGUGGAGUUGUGAAUGGGAGAGGGGGCGGGUACAGGGAAGCAGACGCAGCUCUCCUGCCGGAGGAGCGCACACAGAAAAGCGCAAUCCGAUGGAGCGUAGGCGGUUUACCUCACACACCUAAACACGCGUAAACAUACGCACUCACUUCUCCUGAAACACUUAAACCAGUCUCCAAGGGAGGUUUUUUACCCAAAGAGAAGAAAAAAAAUCUAAGGACAGGAUGGAUUCUGCACAGCUGCUCCUUCUGGUGUUGUGCGGAUAUCUGCCAAAAGUGCUAUCGGUGCAGAUGUGCGAUGUGGUGAACGAGAUCCAGCUGGAGAAAGAGCGUUGUGAAAAUAGCACCUCUGGGAACGUCACUUCAGGAUGCCAAGGCAUGUGGGACAUCAUCGCCUGUUGGCCUUCAGCUCGGGUCGGAGAGGUGGUUACAAUAACCUGCCCGCCUUAUUUCAGCUACUUCAGUGACCAUCAGAAAGGUAACCUUUCCAAAACCUGCACAGAAGAUGGCUGGACCGAGAUGCAUCCUAUUGACAUUGCUGUGAGCUGUGGAUACAAUCUCAACAGCACUAGCGAUGAUGGAAAGUUUUUUUGGCAAGUGAAGAUCGGCUACACCAUCGGCCACAGCGUAUCGCUCGUCUCGCUUACUACCGCUAUUGUGAUCCUCUGCAUCUUCAGGAAACUCCACUGCACAAGGAACUACAUCCACAUGCAUCUAUUUGUUUCAUUUAUCCUGAAGGCCAUCGCUGUCUUCAUCAAAGAUGUGGUUCUCUACGAGGUCGGGGAGGUGGACAACUGCUCCUCGGGCUCUGUUGGCUGCAAAGCAGUGAUUGUGUUCUUCCAGUACUGUAUAAUGGCCAGUUUCUUCUGGCUGCUGGUGGAAGGCCUUUAUCUGCAUGCGUUGUUGGCCGUUUCCUUCUUCUCCGAGAGGAAGUACUUCUGGGCUUAUAUUCUGAUCGGCUGGGGAGGUCCAGCAAUUUUCAUCACAGCUUGGAGCAUCGCUAAAGCCAACUAUAAUGAUGUGGGGUGCUGGGAUAUAAUAGAAAACACCGAUGUGUUCUGGUGGAUCAUUAAAACUCCUAUUUUGGCAUCAAUUCUGAUGAACUUUAUUCUUUUCAUCUGCAUCAUUCGGAUACUUCGCCAGAAGAUAAACUGCCCCGAUAUUGGAAGAAACGACUCCAACCAGUACUCGCGACUGGCAAAGUCAACGCUGCUUUUGAUUCCUCUGUUUGGGAUCAAUUAUAUAGUGUUUGCAUUUAUCCCCGAGCAAGUGAAGACUGAGCUGCGGCUGGUUUUUGACUUGAUUCUGGGAUCAUUUCAGGGCUUUGUGGUCGCAGUCCUUUACUGCUUCCUGAACGGAGAGGUCCAAGGAGAGAUCAAGAGGAAGUGGAGGAGGUGGCACCUGCAGAGAUACAUGGGCUCAGACACCAAAUACCAGCACCCCUCUAUUGGCAGCAGCAACAACUUCAGCACCCAGAUCACCAUGUUGACACGGUGCAGCCCGAAAACUCGCCGGGCUUCAUCAUCCUGUCACGAUGACUUGUCUAGCAUCUGAGUCACAGAGACACAGACACACAAAAUGCUGUACAAAAUGCUCUCAUGCCAAACAUUAGGCAGAACAUCGCAGCAUAUAUAAGCUUUACCAUAAGUACUCUUGGGUCAUGUGUGUGGUGCAGAAGAUGGAAAGUGAUGAAAGGAUUGGAAAAAGAGAUAUAAGGACACGAUGUGACCAUAAUCAGCCUUGAAGCAGUUUGUAACUGUUCCAAAAAAUACAUUUAAAUGAGAAGGUAAGUUGCACAUUGCUUAACAAACAAAGCGUUUGCAGAGAGAGUCACUUUUGUGCAGGUCACCUGUACAGGUGAAUUCGAAUCAUAUCACAGCUCUUAUUUUUUAAAUAUCCCGUGUGCUUAGGUGAGUGGGCUGGUGUAACUCUGAGCCUUGUGCACUCCUGCAGCUCCAAAUAAUCAAGUUUGGUGCUAAAGCUUUGGAAUAAAGUGAGGUGAUGUAUUUUUUUAACAGCAGCAUCACAGGCUAACAAAGGUACUGUACCAGAACUGAUCUGUGAGGGUGUUUUUGAGUGCUGAAUGUAAAUAGUGAUGGAAAAUUUGCUUUAAAACAUACUUUAGAGUAUCCAAAAUAAGCAUAAUACCCUGCUCCCCCCCUUUGCUGUGUAGGAAGACAGAAAAAAAAAGACAGGCUUACAGAGCAGGAAACUUUAUUUCCAUAAAUGCCAAACAGAUUAGGCUUCAGACCAAGUGAUACUGAUUCACAAUGAUGGGUUUGGAGCACAAAUGCCCUUCUCUGCACUAUCAUGCUCAUGAGAGACCGGUUGCCCUUUGCCUUCUCUUUUAUCAACACAGCCUUCCCUCUUGGCGUGUGCGAUUCUGAGCCUAUGAUUAGGUAGAUAUUUUUCAUUAUUUAGGGCACUGUGGCAGUUUAGUGUCGAUCACUGACGAGUGCCUGGGUUUGGUGUGUUGAACCGACUUCUGCGGUCUAGUCUUUACUGGCUGUUGGGCAGUACAGCAGCUCUGAAGAGGAGAUGUCCAUAUGCAGCUCAUUCCUUGAAUGUUUACAUUUACUUGGGAGGCGUUAUAAAAAAUGAUGCACAGUCAAGUGUGCAGUGUAAAUAAACUUGGAAUGUUUGUGCCAUACACAUCACAUUGUGGUUAUAAUACUAGUAAUGAAUCACUAAGUGUCGUUUGUUCAAAUUAAAGCAUGACAGGAUUUAAAACUUUGCCAGGUAUAUAAAAUAUUUUUGUAUAAGCCGGUUAAAAGGAAAUAGUCGUGAUAUUUAUAUGUCUAAGGCGUAAGACACACAGUAAGCCCCCUUGGUCAUGCUUUGUCAGACGGAUAAUAAGGUUAAUUUUCUGAAUCUCCAUUAUGAAUGAUAUUAUUUGAAUUCUUCAGGUUCAGACUUACUUCUCCAUCGGAGGAGUCUGAACUUGACAAGUCAGCAGAGAAUGUUAGAGCCUGUAUGCAAAGCAAAGCAAAGUGACAAGGAUGACUGGCCCUGUCACAACGAUGCUGUCUUUGUGCUUUUGAGCUCGCGUAGGUUUGAAAGUAAGGCUUGUUCAUUCUAGAGGGAACAACAGGGGAAUAGAGCUUUAUAUGGGAGGAAGGAAAUCAUCUCAACCCACCAGUGAUUUAAAGGUUUAGAUCACCAUUAAAAAUCAAAUGUGGUAAUAUGUGUCAAGGAAAUAUUGAAUAUCAAUAUAUCGCCUCCAGAUUGCUGAAA